GGGGCCGGGCGGCGUGCCCUGCUCAAAGAUGGCCGCCUGCGGCUUCGGCCUGCGCGGAGGCGGGAGGUGAGGGGAGGCCGGGCCGGGCUGCGGGAAGAUGGCAGAGAGCGAGCGGCGGGCAGGUGCCUCUGAGGAGGCGGCUCCUCCCGUCCAGCAAUGCUUCAUGAUCCCCAAAAAGGAGAUAAAUGUGGUUUCCGACAUGGCCAAGUGGAAGCGCUCCCAGGCGUACGCAGACUACAUGGGCUUCAUCCUCACCCUCAACGAAGGUGUCAGGGGCAAGAAGCUGACCUGUGAAUACAAAGUGUCAGAGCCCAUUGAAAAGCUGGUGGCUCUGCUGAACACCCUCGACAGAUGGAUUGAUGAAACCCCGCCGGUGGAUCAGCCUUCUCGCUUUGGGAACAAAGCCUUCAGGACCUGGUACGCCAAACUAGACCAGGAAGCAGAAAAGUUGGUGGCAACAGUGAUUCCCAAGCAUUUGGCUGACGCUGCCCCAGAAGUGGCUGUGUACCUGAAGGAAUCCGUGGGGAACUCCACCCGCAUUGACUAUGGCACAGGGCACGAAGCUGCAUUUGCAGCCUUUCUCUGCUGCCUCUGCAAAAUUGGUGUGCUCAGAGUGGAUGACCAGAUGGCCAUCGUCUUCAAAGUGUUUAACAGGUACCUGGAAGUGAUGCGAAAACUUCAGAAGACCUACAGGAUGGAACCUGCUGGCAGCCAGGGCGUGUGGGGCUUGGAUGACUUCCAGUUCCUGCCUUUCAUAUGGGGCAGUUCCCAGCUGAUAGACCAUCCAAGUCUGGAGCCUCGGCACUUCGUUGAUGAGAAGGUGGUAAACGAAAACCAUAAGGACUUCAUGUUCCUGGAGUGCAUCCUCUUCAUUACAGAGAUGAAGACGGGCCCCUUUGCCGAGCACUCCAACCAGCUCUGGAACAUCAGCGCCGUGCCCUCCUGGUCCAAGGUCAACCAGGGCCUCAUCCGCAUGUACAAGGCAGAGUGCCUGGAGAAGUUUCCUGUGAUCCAGCACUUUAAGUUCGGCAGCCUGCUCCCCAUCCAGCCUGUGACAUCCUAAGGAAGCGGCGGGAGGAGCCGGAGCAGCAGAGGCACAGCGCGGCGCUCUUCCUCCUCCCCUCACCCCUCCUCGUCACCCUGCCCAGCCAUUCCUGCACAUCCUCAUCGGCAACCACACAUCCAAAGCACUUGCCGGCCUUGCACGGGAGAUGGGACCUGGAACGGCUCCUCCUGCACGUCCUCCCUGCAGGGACGUGUCACCCACGGCCAGGCCGGG